AUGAUAGGCUUUCCAGUGUUGGGUUCUCCAAGAACAUCACAGAGGGUGACCAGCAGGGGUCGCUCCUGGGUGACACGCUAUGGGGUUUUUAUAUUUAACAAUGUACUGUUAUUAUCCCGCAGGUUUUCCGAUCAGUAUGGGACACGCGCCGCUCUCACGCUGUCCUUCCUGUCUGCUUCCUUCUACUACCUGAUCCUCGUAUUUACCACCAACAUCCCACUCUUGUUCCUGUCGCGGCUUCCAUCUGUCUUCAUGCAUGGCCUGCCAGGUGCCCAGAUGGUUGUGACUGACCUGACAACGGACCAGGAGCGGGCGGGCGCACUAGGAAAACUCGGGCUCUGCUUCGGAUUGGGAAUCAUCAUCGGAUCGUCACUCGGAGGGUUUCUUGCUACGAAAUUUGGACUGUAUACACCCACACUAAUUGCGCUGGCUGCCAGUCUCAUUAGCUGUGUCGUCGUGAUGAUCUAUAUUCCAGCACAAACCAAAAUAAAGCUAGAUGAACCGGCCCCGGAACACGAAAACCGCCGCUCCUCCAGCAUGUUCAACAUCAAAGAAAUCACCCGGCUGUUAAACUUUCCGGGCGUGAUGCCGAUUUUCACCAUCAAAGUUCUCGCUGGGUUUCCAAUUGGCCUCUUCAUGCUCAUGUUUCCCAUCAUCUCUGUGGACUUUUUUGGGCUGAACGCGGCGACGGCUGGAUACCUGAUGUCCUAUUUUGGGAUUCUGCAAUUGGUCGUCCAGGGCUUCAUGCUGGGUCAGCUGACCAGACGCUAUUCAGACGACACCUUGCUCCUAUUGUGCAUGGUGGUUUCAGUGGCACUCGGGCUGGGCCUGGUACUAAUGACGAACGUCCUUCACUUCUGCAUUAUCGCGCUACCUAUGGUAUUCACGCUGUGCAUCUCAGGAGUUAUCACCGACAGCAUUCUGACUAAAGCCGUUCCCUCCGCUGACACCGGUGCAAUGCUGGGGAUCUGCGCAUCUGUCCAGCCUCUCACGCGGACCCUCGGGCCGACCAUUGGAGGAUAUCUCUAUAAGCACUACGGGAUCCCAUCGUUUGGUCUCCUAAACAUUAUCGUUAGUCUGUUAUUAUUAUUCUACCUGGUAAAUAGUCGAACAACUCGACAAGCGCAGAAGAGUAAAUAGGAAAAUAACGAGUGUGACUGUGAAGGAACUCUUACCGUUAAUUAUGAUUUUAGAUGAAGAAAAUUAUAGUAAGCCAGGAGUGACAGGUGGCUCAGUGGUUAGCAUUGGUGCCAUGCACCUCACUCACAUCCUAUCUGUAUAUUAUCCCAGUGUCUCAGAGUUUCACCAACCAACCACAAUACACUGAGCCCUGGGUCGUCUGCCGAAUCCUGCAAAUUAAUUCUGUGCGGAGCUACAAUACAGUAUUAUUGGUGUAGUAAUUGAAGGUCUAAGCUUUAAACGGCCGCUCAUCCUUGCGAAAGAAAUCUUGGACCCUUUGCACAACUAAUUUUCCCAAAGUGCGUCAUGGACCCUAUAAGGGGAGAGUGAGGGCCCAUGUGAAGGUUCCAUGUGGGCCCCAUUCUCCCUGGCAGCACAGUCAACUCCGGCUUUGAGCCAGUCUACUGCACAUGGACAGGUCUCCUGGAAAAUGGUGCCUGUGUUCCCCAGACUUCUCUACUGCUCAUGUGCAAAUCACAGGGAAAAUGUCUGCCACACCAUCUCCUAUAUAACAGCCCAGAUCUGUGACUCUGUGACUGUGUGUAUAACACUGGGCGUGGCUAGGAGCUUUCAUUGGGUUAGUGGCAGGUCUAUCACACCCAGUCCAAAGCUGAUUGGGCGAGAAACGCCCUCCCACACAGGUUACAUCCAAUGGGAGUCUCUGCCCUUUGGCUGAUGUGUGAGCCCAGAGCAGGAUUAACAAUGGGGCUGAUGGAGCUGCAACUCCAGGCCCACACCCCAAAAUAGGCCCACUGCAUCUGCAGCAACAUACCCUCCAACAAUUUACACACAAAAAUCGGGGCAAAUUCACAAAGGGGGCGUGGUCACGUUUACAGAGGCGUCACGCCCCCUUCCCUAUACUUUCAAUGGAAGCUUGGAGAGUAAAAAUCGGUACAGACCAUAAAAAAAAGGUCCUGUACCUGCCAGAAAGGUGCAGCUGGAGGGUAUGUCACUGCAUCUGCAGCAAGUCUCUGCACUGUACAUAGGGGAAAAAAACAUCCUUUUACUGCAGCGUCCUAUGGGGGUCAUUCUGAUCUGAUCGCUCACUGCAGUUCAUCGCAGCGCAGCGAUCAGGUCAGAACCGCGCAUGCGCCAGCACCCGACGGCUGUCGUUGCCUAGUGAUCGCCUCUGCCUGAUUGACAGGCAGAGGCGGUCGUUGGGCGAGAGGGGACACGGUUUGUUUGCCCGCCGUUUUGUGGGCACGGUCCGGCCAAUGCAGCCGGUGUGACCAGGGCACCGACGAGUAACUCCCGGCCAGCCACAGGAGCUGCCUUGGCAGGGAGUUACUCUUCAAGUACAAAUGCAUCGCCGCUGGCGUCCCAACGCGCCGCAUUACAGGGAAGUAGAAGCACUAAAUAAACUACAGCUCCCAGCAGCCCUUAGGGCCGAAGCAUUCCGGCGCUAAGGCCUGCUGGGAGCUAUAGUUUAUUGAGUGCAUCUUCUUCCCUGUAAUGUGGCGCCUUAGGACACCGGCACUAACAAUAGUGACUGGCUGCUGUGCGAGUCUCCGGGAGAGCCACUGCCAAAGCGAGGACAGCAGCUUAGCUGCUUCCAGGAGGAGACGCAGAAGAAGCAUUACCUGCCCCUCCCCCACUCACAGUACCUCCCGGCCCCAUCCGCGGCACCCGCACAUUCCCCCUCCACCACCCACGAUGGCUCCGGACCCCCUCCCCCACCUGCAGCACCCCCACUCCCGCCCAUCCCCCACCCAUCGCACCCCCGCACCUGCCCCUCCCCCAUCCGCGGCACCCCCACACCCGUGGUGGCUCCGGACCCCCACCCGCGGCACUGCACCACCAAACCAGCCUCUCCUCCACCCGCGCCACCCCUGCAACCACCCCUCCCUCACCGCCGGACCCCCUCCUCCAUCUGCGUCUCCCCCGCACCCGCUACUCCCCCAACCACAGCACCUACUAGGUGAUUCAUCAGGCCCUGCGUGCGCUGUUCACGCCAUUGCAGGGGACUACGACCCCUUAACCAUCGCAAGCCCUUUGUCCGUGCAAUAUUUAUCCACUCACACAAUUAUGAUUGGAGGUAAUACUCCAUAUAAUACAAAUAUUGCACGCCACAAGGGUAUCAUCCUGCAUUUAUUAUAGAUACGCAAAUGGGUGCUCAUAGGUUUAAAUGGCAAAGUUUCUGCCUUAGCAACAGUUUGCCCUGGUAAAUAUGGGGUGAAGGAUGGAGUGAGGGUAUUGUUGUAGAACAGUGCAGAAAUGAGAUUCCAUUUGCAAAGCGAGAUUACUGUAAUGAGAUAACGGAGUGGACUGAGUGCAUUUGCAGGGAGCUCCUUGCUGUAUAAAUAUUUAGCAGCACCAGCUGAGAAGGAGUCUUGCCCUACUCUCCUGCAGGGACCUGUUUCCUGCCUCCCUUUGCACAGUUUGCAGAUGUACUCUGAGCUGUAUAAUAUAAAGCUUCACACACACAAAGCCACCGUCUGGAAGGAGCGGUCGCCGCACUCUCAUGAUUACUAUAAACCAUAACUGAGACUGCGCUGAGCUGUGUCUGCUGUUACUAUAGAGAAUUUCAUGCAGGGUCAGGUGCUGAAGUGGUAGGAGGGUGUAAGUAUAGAGAAUUUCAUGCAAGGCCAGGUGCUGAAGUGGUAGGAGGGUGUAAGUAUAGAGAAUUUCAUGCAGGGUCAGGUGCUGAAGUGGUAGCAGGGUGUAAGUAUAGAGAAUUUCAUGCAGGGUCAGGUGAUGAAGUGGUAGGAGGGUGUAAGUAUAGAGAAUUUCAUGCAGGGUCAGGUGCUGAAGUGGUAGCAGGGUGUAAGUAUACAGAAUUUCAUGCAGGGUCAGGUGUUGAAGUGGCAGGAGGGUGUAAGUAUAGAGAAUGUCAUGCAGGGUCAGGUGCUGAAGUGGUAGGAGGGUGUAAGUAUAGAGAAUUUCAUGCAGGGUCAGGUGCUGAAGUGGCAGGAGGGUGUAAAUAUAGAGAAUUUCAUGCAGGGUCAGGUGCUGAAGUGGUAGCAGGGUGUAAGUAUAGAGAAUUUCAUGCAGGGUCAGGUGCUGAAGUGGUAGGAGGGUGUAAGUAUAGAGAAUUUCAUGCAAGGCCAAGUGCUGAAGUGGUAUGAGGGUGUAAGUAUAGAGAAUUUCAUGCAGGGUCAGGUGCUGAAGUGGUAGGAGGGUGUAAGUAUAGAGAAUGUCAGGCAGGGUCAGGUGCUGAAGUGGUAGGAGGGUGUAAGUAUAGAGAAUUUCAUGCAAGGCCAGGUGCUGCAGUGGUAGGAGGGUGUCAGUAUAGAGAAUUUCAUGCAAGGUCGGGUGCUGAAGUGGUAGGAGGGUGUAAGUAUAGAGAAUGUCAGGCAGGGUCCGGUGCUGAAGUGGUAGGAGGGUGUAAGUAUAGAGAAUUUCAUGCAAGGUCAGGUGCUGAAGUGGUAGGAGGGUGUAAGUAUACAGAAUUUCAUACAAGGCCAGGUGCUGCAGUGGUAUUAGGGUGUAAGUAUACAGAAUUUCAUGCAAGGUCAGGUGCUGAAGUGGUAGGAGGGUGUAAGUAUAGAGAAUUUCAUGCAGGGUCAGGUGCUGAAGUGGUAGGAGGGUGUAAGUAUACAGAAUUUCAUACAAGGCCAGUUGCUGCAGUGGUAUUAGGGUGUAAGUAUACAGAAUUUCAUGCAAGGCCAGGUGCUGCAGUGGUAUUAGGGUGUAAGUAUACAGAAUUUCAUGCAAGGUCAGGUGCUGAAGUGGUAGGAGGGUGUAAGUAUAGAGAAUGUCAGGCAGGGUCAGGUGCUGAAGUGGUAUGAGGGUGUAAGUAUAUAGAGAAUGUCAGGCAGGGUCAGGUGCUGAAGUGGUAUGAGGGUGUAAGUAUAGAGAAUGUCAUGCAGGGUCAGGUGCUGAAGUGGUAUGAGGGUGCACUCUGAUGUCCCAUUUGCACAUUGAGCCUGUGAAUAUAUUUCUACCUCCGUGGCACAGUGAGGCGCACGUUUACUGUGCAGAGGCUGCUUCCAAGCGCGGUAAUAGUGCGCGGUGGAUGAUUGAGCCACAGUCGUGUAAACCCCAGGUAUCAGAUGUGCUUGUAAUGACCUCUAUUGUAUUUACCUUUCUUAUCCACGUCUCUAUUUCAGCCCAUAUCAUAUACAAAUGGAAAAACAUGAUCGCAGCUGCUAAGGCUCUCUCUUAUUAGGUAAUGUUCCCAUAGAUAUAAUAUGUCAUUGGUGGUGGUUACCGAGACCUCGCUGAGAGAGGCAGAAUUCAGCUACGGGGCUCUCUACACAUAAAGCCAGGGUAAAGUGAGGGCGACACUGUAAAGGGGGGAUAAGAUUGCAAUGGUUGUGGGGCCUGGAGGUGAGCGGGACUCGGUGAUGCUGUGCAGGCUCCACUUCUGCACAGGUGCACCAGAUUUGGGCUUUCAGUUCUCAGCAGCGCACAGUCUUCUAGAGGAUGGGCCGGCAUCACCGUGCCACGUUACUCCUUGUUAUCAGCUACAGAUCUGAGUCCCACCUGCGUCUGUUAUCCCAGUAUAGCAUCUCCCUGUAGACUGUAGGCUCUCACAAGCAGGAUUCUGUCUACCCUGUGUCACGUCAGCACCUCCUUCCUCAGCCUCGCCCGUUCUUGUUUUGCGUCUGUCCAAGAUUUAUAUUUUGUACGUUUGUUUUAUUGAAGCAUUUUACAAAUAAAAAGUGAUGAUGAUUUUACUCUA